GUUGCAGCCGCGUUUGACUUCCACACCCCCCCUGCCCCCAAGCUCCGUUAUUAAUCUUCAUUGUUACAAUCUCAACACCGAAACCGCUAUAACCCCCCAAGCUAUCACCUACCUACCCCCUUCACAAUCUGCAUUAACAUUAAUACGAAUCCUAGCAUUAUUGUCGAAACCAUGGCGACCUCUCAUUUCGGCCUCCUAGAGGAACGAGAAGAAAAUGAGCUGCACAAGACCCGUCUUCUCAACGUAGAAGAGAAGCCCUUCAAGCGCCUUACCAAACGCCUCAUCGCGCCCGGCGCCUUUACGAGUCCCGGGAAGCUUCUCACACCUCCCCCUGAUGGCACUAAUGAUACCGAAGCAAGCUCAUCACCGGCAAUUGACAUUAGCGCGCUGAAGGAAGACAUCAUACUAGACUUCGAGGCGUUCGACGCGCAGAUCCUACGACUGCAACUUCUGGGAACGGCGAACGUGCAGGAGCGCGAGCGGUAUGCGGCGGAUAGGAUUCGCAUCCUGGAGACGAUGGAGUCGGUGCGGGAGGGCAACGCGCGGCUGAAGGCGCAGCUCGACGAAGCGCGCGCGACACUAGCCCAACGCCGCAAGUUCGACGAAUUAGCCGACCGCAUCACGAAUAACCGCAUGCUGCGCCCGCGCGCGGAGCAGGCCGCCAACCUGGCUAAAUUGGCCGAGGAGUGCGAGGACUUGCACCGCGAGAGCGAGACGUACGGCGCUACGUGGCGAGACCGCCGCGAGCAGUUCGAGCGGCUGGUCGAGGAGGGCAAGAGGCUGCGUGCUUUGAUCCGAGACGAGAAGGAGGAGGUGGAGCGCAGAGAAGGCAUGGAUUCGGAUGCGGAGGAUGGGGAGGCUGCUGGUACACCCGGUAAGGGCGGGCUUGUUAGCGGGAACAAUACGCCACGUCCUGAUAGCGGUGCCGUCUCGGGAGAUGCAAGAACCCCGAGACCCGACAGUCCUGGUCCUGGCGCUGGAGGCCCCCCAGGGUUGAAGCCGCGACUCGACGUUAGCGGAAGCUUCUCGCGAGCAGGAAGCCAGGCCCCGAGUCAACGGGCGGGAAGUCAGAAUCCGAGAGAAGAGCCGGAAGAGGGCGAGGACGUGGAGAUGGGCGAGUCGACGCAGCAGAACCAACAGGCUGAUACCCCCCCUAUGGCGGAGGAUGCAGCGCAGACACCCCAGAUUACGGUCGAGGCUCCUGGUGCUGGUAAUGGCGAUAGUAUGGAUAUAUCAUGAAGGAGAUUACGGAGGGAAGGGAAUAUACAUUUAUAGGUGGGCGUGGGCCCAGCAGUCUUGGAGUUGAUCUUGGAGGAGUUAUCAUUCAUGAUGGUCCAUCACACGCAUUCGUGUUACAGGAGUGAAGGAAGUAUACCCAGCGAGCAAAAUGGCACAGUACUAGACUAAGUAAUAGAGAGGUG